AUGAUGAUCAAUUCUUCACCGGAGUAUGCCAUAACGAAACCGGGGAUGCCCCAUUAUUUGUCAAGGAAGCGCGACAAGCCGCUCCGAACCUAUGGACGGAAGUCUGCUUCAACGCCAGAACCACGAGGUGAACCACCUGCAAAAAGGGUGCGAAUAGAGCCUGAAGCCCACAGAGAUAUUGGGAGGAAACUACUAGCCGGUAAAUAUCUGCCGUCCCAGAAAGAGCCGUCAGAUUCAAGCUUGAAAUUCGAAAACGAGUCACAGCCACCACCUAGCACUGAAGCAGCAACGCGGUCGUCCAUCUUACAAUAUUUCAAGCCUGUACCGACCAGCAUAAAGUUAGAACGUAUGGAGAAGAAGGAUGACGUGCAUAAAAACUCAGAGCCGGUGCUUUCGCAGGUGGUGCGAAGGCGAAGGAAGCCUCGACUGCUAAGAAUCAGAGCGACCUCACUGCCAUCAGACGCAUCCGAAGACGCUGUGAGUCUCUCGGGCAGAGACGAAACAGAUAGUAAUGCCUCAUCGCCAGAUGGGAAAAGGAAAACAUUGUAUGAUAGAGGGGGCAGUUUAUUGAGCCAGGGACGGAGGGAUAGCACUUCAUCGGACAUCAAGCCUGGUGCUGGGACGAGAUCGAGGCGUUCACCGACAGUGCAAACAACACUGAAUAUCUCGUCCAAGGCGGCGUUUGCAGAGUGCAAGGUGUGUAAUACUGUUUGGAACCCGUUGUACCCGGAUGAUGUGAAAUAUCAUGACAAGAGGCAUAAGACUGUGGUGAGAAAGGCGAAGAAGGCGGAUGACUUGUAA